CACCAUACCAACGAAAAACCCAGAUUUGCCUCGGACCUCUGUGACAGUUCGAACCGCAGCCUACUGCUUUACCUCCGUUUGCUGUCUCGCUUUUACACGCAUAAACUUCACCCCGCAUUUUUUUAUCCCUCCAACACCAGUUAUUCCCCUGAGCGGGGAUAAGCGACAAUACCAUGGAUUGUCUGCAUUACCGUGAUCAGGUAUUGGGUAUGUUGUGUUCUACACUUCUCACCAUUGGAUCUCUGGCACUCACCUUGGGUAGACAACUGUCGAGCUCUCUUCGAUGCCGAUGUCCGGAUCCUAACAUAUACUCGAGCUCCCCUCAACAGCAGCAACUGUAUUGCCUCUAAACUAAACUAUCACGCCAUAAUCGUUCCCAAGGACUCGACGGGAAAACUUGGGAGAGAGGGUACUUUGCUCGGACCAAGCCAUGCUCUUUCACGGCAGGGCGCUGUCGUGAGCCUGUUAAAACAGACUGAGGAGUUGUUGGGUGAAAUGUUACAAGAAAGGGAGGAAGGUGGCAAGAAGGGGAAGGAGGUUGUGGGCUAUGGGUGGGACAGCGGAAGGGGGGCCAUCUCUGUCGACCAAGGCCUCGACUUUGAUAGCCAGCAUCAGGAGCUCGACAUCAAAUGCGACUCUCAAAAACUACACUCUGUGGAAACCCCACUAAAUAUGCCCCCCGAUCAAGCACCACUGCUAGCACCUAAACCUGCACUAGUAGCGUUAUGGGCUUCACUCGCCCAAAAAACGGAGACCGAACCCAAACCCUCGCCUAAUCCACGGGAUAGUGAGAUAGGAAUUGCUCUAGGAAUCCGGGAUAGCUCGCUGGGGGCUGGAUCUGAGUGGCGCCUGCGACCCGGGGGUCGGGCGGAUUCGGUGCUAUCAGGGCCCCCUUUGCCGCAGGCACCGUUAGCUGAACAGGACUCGGCAACUGCGCUGGUAAAAACUCCGGAAUCUGGGAAAUUGCAGAUACCUACACUAAGCCCACGGAUCUUUUCCAAACCCACACCUGUGCCCCAACCUCUGUCCAACCCUAAAUAUGUAGGGCAAACACAGGCCACUUGUUUAACCUCUACGAUACACCGCGAGUCAUUUGUCACUGCAGCUGAAGGGGGAAUGCAUCGCGGGGGGGUUUCAGGUAGUUCUGGGCCCUUGAGUCCAUUUAGUCCUUGUUGGGAUUUCACAGGAGAGCAUAGCGUAGGGCGAUCCAGCUACCAAAGCACUGGGAGUGAUACUGUUCAGUACGAGUCGGGGAACGAGGAGGGUUACGAAUCUGAGAUUAGCCAAACCACCUUUGCAACAGAUCCCGGGUUUAUCACACCACGCAGCACUACGCCCACAGGCACUGAAUGCUUAGACUCGAAGCGAGGGCCAGCACAAGACCUUUCUAGUUUCAACAGAACAUUACUGAAGUACGAGGUAGAGCUAGCAAUGAAGACAAUGCUCUAUGGUCUGGCAGGACAGGUGGGUAGCCCUAAGGGUCUUUCUUGGGAUUCUUGUUAGUUUGGUUACGUUGUAAUGCUGGGAUGUAGCGUUAGGUUCUGGUGGAUGUUGGGAUAAUGAUCAAGAGGAGGAGGGAAUAAUAGGGAUGGACUUCUGGGAGUGUGAAGCUAUGAUAUUACUGUGCUCCCCUAAUUAGAUUGGCCUAAUUGAA